AUGAAGAUUCAUCUCUUUUUCUUUAUUCUUCUCUUUUGGGUCACAAUUUUACCAGCCAGAAGUGACAUGAGUAAAAAACCAAAGUAUAGAUUUGAGAGAUGCCAAAGAGUGAAAGGACUCUGUAAAACGUUUUGUGAUUAUGAUGAGUAUGAUUACGGAUACUGCAUUAGAUGGAGAAACCAGUGCUGCAUAUAA